AUGUACAAAAGAAAAAGAACUGAAGAGAAAGCACAUACACAUACUUCUUCAAUAUUUGAUCUGUAUCAAUCUCCAACGUUCGAUGAGUCCAUUCGCAAGUCUGAGUAUAGAUCUUAUACGCCAUUCAUCAAGUCAUUCAAUUGUAAUGAUUCUGUGGAAUUUAACGUCAAUCAAGUGGAUUCGUUCUUUGCCAUGUUCGCUUCCCGGAUAGCCAUCAAAGGAAAACUAGAAGUAACUGGUAAAGGAGAUGUAACUUUAGCACCCAACUUUGGGGGCUUCCUUUUUGACUCUUGUACGUACAGCGAAUCAGCUAGAGAAGUUGAAACAGUGCGUGAUCCUGGAAUUGUAAGUGCUAUUCGAGCAUAUACUUGUUACAACAAAGACGAUGCAAAUCAUAUGAGUAUAGCUGGUUGGAACUAUCCUUCAGCACCGAUCCUCUCUGCACAUGACAAGUCUUUUAGCUUGCUGAUGCCACUUAAACAUAUUUUCAACAUUUUCAACGAUUAUCCUAUGAUUACGUGUGGCAGACAAACUUUCAGAUUUGUACGAGCUAGAAAUGAUAACGAUUGCGUUAUUAUCAAGGAAAAAGUUGGAGAAACUGGAACAACAGCGAAAAUUGUUAUCGAAAGCAUCGAAUUGAAAAUCAAACAUAUUUAUCCGAAUGAUGAUGUAAAACAACAACUUUUAAAAUCUAUUCAGACUGACAAGCCGAUACUAAUUCCGUUUAGAAAAUGGGACCUUAACGAAUUGCCUACAAUAACUGCAGGUGCGAGAAGAGAAAUAUGGGCAGUUAAAACCAGCACCGCAAUUGAAAGACCGCGUUUUAUUAUCGUAUGUUUCCAAACUGAUAAACGUGAUGCUGUUGAAGCAGAUCCGACCCUGUUUGAUCAUGUAAAUACGGCUAGCAUUCGAGUAUCUUUGAAUGGUGAAUACUAUCCCAAUGAACGUAUGCAGUUAGACUUUGCAAAUAGUCACUUUGCUGAGGCUCAUUUUAACUACAGCGACUUUCAAGCUAUGGGCGGUGCGAUGUGUGAUGCAAUGUGCGGUGCGUUGUUGUGGACAUACACUUAUACUAAUAAAAAUCUAGAUGAAAUCGCUUAUCAAAACCAUUUGUCUAAAAAAGAUGAAGCCCGUACAGAAAAAGAGUCUUACAACUCGUUUUUACCAUCGACCUCCAGUCUAUUUUGCUAUGUAUCCAGCAUCCAGUUAAGUAUGUCCAGUUUAUAUUACAAGACUAAACUAAUAGUUCACAACUUCACAUUGUUCAAUCUAAAAUCAAAAAAAGGGUAUUGCUACAAGUAG